CUGAGGCUUGUUUCUGUUUCCUUUCUCGUCCUUUUCCCUUCAAUGAGUCGGCAGUUGUCAGUUCCCCAUGUGGUGCAGCGGUUCUUCAAUCCUGCUCUCUCCUCCUCCACCACGGAGGAGGACGAUGACACAGUCACCAACGAGAUGGUUCAGGGGGUGCUGGCGGACCACCAGGACACCAAGCAGCAGCUCCUCGCCACACAGAAGCAGCUGAUUGACGAGCUGACGAGAGAGAGGGACGAUUGGAAGAGGCGCUGUGAACGUGCCGAGGCGAAGCUGACCGAGUUCCAGGCACGUUGCGGCUACUUUGGGGCUCAUCAGGAUAGUGUGCUGACUGUACUGAGCGCGAGAGAUCACGCGCAGCUGAUCGAGUGGCUCGGCGGCGACAGGACGCUCGUCCAGCUAUACAAGUAAGGCACACCAGCACCGCGAUGUCCAGGCGGUGUUUCUUCAUCAACCGUUCUCUCCCUUUGUGUGUGUACUUGUUUCUUUCUCAGGGCCACGCGUGAUGGUGGGAUGUAUGGGAGCCUGCUGGACAGAGUGGGCGGUGCGCGUGGCCUCCUGUUCAUCAUCCGCGUCGGGUCACUUCGAUUCGGUGCCUAUAUGAGCGGAGGCAUCGACGUGCCCGACACCAAUCGCCCUUGCGACGUAUGGUUCUUUUCCCUCACUGGCCAUGAUUUCAGCGGCCCCACAAAGAUCCCUUUGCGGCACAAAAACAAUCAGAUGGUCAGUAUCGCCGCUAGGGAUGGAGCACUCGAGAGCAGAACCGGUGAAAACAAGGCCAGAAUGUGCAUUGGUGGUGGGGGGAUUCUGUGGCUGGGGUAUGGCGAUAAUGAUGCCCCUGCUGCGGACAUUCGAAGGAUUCAACACUGGGUGCACAAGGAUGAUGUGCCAGCGGGUUAUACAGGGAUGCGGGCUGCCGUCGCUGAGAUAUCGAGCUCCCAAUGCGGCUUCCUGGGCAGCAACGAGCUCUUCACUGCUGAAGAGCUGGAAGUGUGGCAUGUGGUUAGACUACAUUUUGAGAGUGAAUAGGCUUGUUUCUCUCUGCGUGCAUCGGUCCGCGUUCGUCUGAGUGCUUCUGCACUGUGUCAGUUUUGUUAUUUAUACCGUGACGUGUUGACAGUGACGAGAUUAC